AUGAGCAAUUCAUCUGGAGCUACGAGUGGAACAUCCAAUGUCCAACAGAGAAGAAGAGUUGUGGGUGUACCGAAGACAUGUUGGUGUGGAGCUAGUCUCGUGGCGUUGAUUUCAAAGUCCGUUGCCAAUCCAUAUCGUCGUUACUAUCGGUGUGGUUAUGCUGCAUCACUUAAGCUCAUUGAUGAUAACCACAAUUUCAAGUGGGUUGACGAAGCAUUGUUGGAUGAGAUUGAAAGAUUGGCUGUCAGAACGGCUGUACUUGAACAAACAGUGUCCCAGAUUACAACAGAGAUUAUGGAUCACCAAAAGAUGGUUUUUGAGAGGAUGCAAAUGAAUCUAGAGAAAGAGAUUUUUGAGAGUGUAGAAGAAGAACUGUUGGAAACCAAAUCAAGUCUCAAGAAAAUAAUGAUUGUUGUAAUUGUAGGUUGUAUGAUCAUGAUUGGUUUGAGUAAAGUGAUAGCUUGA